GCCUUGCCUUGCCUUUUGUUUUGAAAUCCCGAACGUCACUUCCGUUUAUCAUGACACGUCACCUAGAUAAAGACUUACAGCUUUAAAUAUACACACAGGAAGCGAUAUUACGUGCAGUAAACAAAUAGGCUGUAAACUUUUGAUGAGACCAUGGACGGAUUGCAUCAGCUGAAGAUUGGCUUCAUUGGAGCAGGAAACAUGGCUUAUGGAAUAACAAAGGGCAUCUUAAGACAUGGUGACGUCGUCGCAUCUAACGUGAUCGUCAGCGCUCCAUCUAAAAACAACUUCUCACGCUUCCAGGAGAUGGGAGUUGCAGUCACACACUCGAAUGAGGAAGUUAUUCACAGUUCUCGUCUGGUCUUCCUGGCAGUCAAACCCCAUUUGAUCCCUGUUGUCCUCAGUGCGCUCUCACUACACGUCACACCACAGCACAUUGUUGUCUCCAUGGCAGCCGGAGUCACCAUAGCAACACUUGAGGGGCUGUUGCCCGGAGGAUCCUGUGUGAUGCGUCUGAUGCCGAAUCUUCCAUGCAUGCUUCAGGAAGGUGCUUUACUCCUGGCUUGUGGAACAGGGGCCAAGCAGGAGGUGGCUUCUCUGCUGAAGAAACUCCUCUCACCUUGUGGACUGGUGGAGGUUGGACCUGAGCUUUGGAUCGAUGCCCAUACAGGCCUUAGUGGAAGCGGGGUGGCUUUUGUGUACGUGUUUGCUGAAGCCCUCGCUGAAGGCGCAGUUAAAAUGGGAAUGCCGAGUGUACUGGCUCAGCGUUUUGCCGCCCAGACUAUACUAGGUGCAGGUCAUUUGUUGCGGGAUGGUCAGAAGCAUCCAGCACAGUUAAAAGCAGAAGUGUGUACUCCAGGCGGGACCACGGUGUACGGACUUCAUGCGCUGGAAAAAGGAGGGCUCCGGGCAGCCGUCAUGGGGGCAGUGGAGGCAGCCACAGAACGAGCAAGAGAACUCGGGCAAAGUUAAAGAAGGAGCAAGGCUGUGUGAGAAAUCCUGAGCAAGAAAGAGAUGGCAAGAGAGAACCAGGGUGGACCAUGAGCCAUUUGUUACUAAUAACUUAAAAUGUAUAGCUGUCUGUUAAAUGGUCUUUGUCAGAUGGUACGUCGAUAUCGUUCAAACUGUAAACAACGUUUACUGUAGUUUAAUUAUUUUGCAAAGGAUUUGUCAAAAGUAUUGGUUGAGAAAGUAUUUUAAUAUGAAUAAUAUGUAAAUAAAUAAAGCUAAUAAAAUGGUGCACCAAAUUUUGAA